AUACUGAAGAUACGUAGACUUAGAGAAGGCUCUGAACCAUGGAUAACCUCUGUGCAGCAAAUACCACUUUUGCACUCGACCUCUUAAGAAAGCUGUGUGACAACAAAAGCACGCAGAAUCUAUUCUUUUCUCCUUUUAGUAUUUCUUCUGCUUUGUCUAUGGUUUUGCUGGGUUCAAAAGGCAACACCGAAGCCCAAAUAGCAAAGGUGCUUUCUCUGAAGAAAGCUGAGGAUGCUCACAAUGAGUAUCAAUCACUUCUUUCUGAAAUUAAUGAUCCAACUGCCAAGUAUAUACUGAGAACUGCUAACCGACUUUACGGAGAAAAGACGUUUGAGUUUCUCUCAUCAUUUAUAGAGUCAAGUCAGAAAUUCUACCAUGCUGGACUAGAACAGACUGACUUCGUGCAUGCUUGGAAGGAUUCCAGAAAACAAAUAAAUGGCUGGGUAGAGGAAAGGACUGAAGGUAAAAUUCAGAACAUGUUGGCAGAGGGAAUUCUCAAUUCACAGACCAGACUUGUGUUGGUGAAUGCCAUCUAUUUCAAAGGCAACUGGGAAAAGCAGUUCAACAAAGAGAGAACAGCAGAAGCGCCAUUUCAUAUUAACAAGAAUGAGACCAGACCUGUGCAGAUGAUGUUCAAGAAGGAUACAUUUAACAUGACCUAUAUUGGGGACUUCAAGACCAAAAUCCUUGAGCUCCCUUAUGUUGGUAAUGAACUCAGCAUGAUCAUCCUGCUCCCUGAUGCAAUCCAGGAUGAAUCCACUGGCUUGGAAAGCCUGGAAAGAGAACUUACGUAUGAGAAGCUGAUAGAUUGGAUCAAUCCUGAAAUGAUGGACUGUACAGAGGUGAGGGUGUCUCUACCCAAAUUUAAACUGGAAGAAGAUUAUGAUCUGAAACCCCUUCUGAGCAGCAUGGGAAUGCCUGAUGCAUUUGACUUGGGGAAGGCAGACUUCUCGGGAAUCUCAGCUGGCAACGAGCUGGUACUCUCUGAAGUAGUUCACAAGUCCUUUGUGGAAGUCAACGAAGAAGGCACCGAAGCAGCAGCUGCCACGGCAGGAGUGAUGAUGCUGCGCUGUGCAGUGAUUGUUCCAGAAUUCACAGCCGAUCAUCCCUUCCUCUUCUUCAUCCGGCACAACAAAACUUCCAGCAUUUUGUUCUGUGGCAGGUUUUGCUCUCCCUAAAACGGAGGCAUCUUGGCAGC